AUGAAUUGGUUUCGAAAGAAAGAUUCAAGUGAAAAUAAAAAAGUAAAGUCAGAGUAUGACGAUUAUGUAGCUCCACCCCCCUUUAGCAAUUAUUUAGCAUCUGCACCUGAAAAACCAAAAUCUGUAAAAGAGGAUAAAUUAACAGAAUUUAAGGGGUUUACUGCACCUCCCAAAUUUGAAUUUAAAGAAGAUACCUCAUAUAAUAAUAAGUAUGAUGAAGAUUUUUCAAAAUAUACAAGUAGUAAUAUUAUAGACUCCUCUUUUUAUGAUGAUAAACCAAAUUUCUUUGAUUUUAAUUUAAGUCAUAGAACAAGAGCAUGUUUAGAAAGUGUAAAAAUGGGAAUAAAAAUGGGAACAAUGGUUGGUGGUAUUUUUGGUAGCUUGACAGGUUUAUAUGCUUCCAUUGCUCAUAAAAAUUUGUUCAUUUUUCCCGUUUCAGUAAUAGGUGGAGCAAUUAGUUUUGGAUUCUUCUUAGGGUGUGGAAUGAUUGUGCGUUGCUAA